AUGCCUCCUACACAACGACGCAGAAGACAGGUCGAAGACGAGUCUGAAGAAGAGGCCCCGGCACGUAGACAACGCCGCGCGCACGACGAUUCCGAAGAUGCAGAAGAAUAUGGGGACGAGGAGAACGGUGAGGCCGACGCCACCCCGGAGGAUCAGCUUGCCAAGAAGUUGGUGCGCUAUGUGCUUGCGUGCGAAUUUUCACGAACUCCGAUCCGCCGUGAGGGCAUCAAGGAACGAGUUCUUGGAGACCAGGGAAGAUCAUUCAGGAAAGUCUUCGACUUGGCGCAAUCGCAGCUCCGCACAGUCUGGGGUAUGGAGCUGCGAGAGCUGGCGGUCAAGGAAAAGUUUACAAUGGCAGAGAAGCGCCAGGCCAAGACCACCUCCGGCGUCUUCGUCCUCUCCACGACACUCCCUGCCAAAUACCGCACCUCCACGAUUAUCACACCUACAAAGGCACCCAGCGCCGAGAACGAGUCUUCGUAUGUUGGCUUCUACACCCUCAUCAUAUCCAUAAUCAUGCUGUCCAGCGGCGAGCUAUCCGACCAAAAGCUGCGACGCUACCUCAACCGCGUCAACGCCGAAGCCAAUGUCGCUGCGGAAAAGACAGAGGAUAUUCUUAAGCGGAUGCAGGCCCAGGGCUAUGUUGUUCGCAAGGUGCAGAAGAAUCCGGCGUCACAGGCGAACGACGGUAGCGAGGAUAUCACCUGGCUCGUCGGGCCGCGGGGACAGGAGGAGAUGGGUAUCGAUGGCGUCGCUGGUUUGGUGCGUACGGUAUACGGGGAGCAGGCAGACGAAUCGCUUGAGAGAAAGAUAGGCGCCAGUUUGGGCAUCCAAGGAGAGGAUGGAGAGGGUGACGUGGACAUGUCGGAGGCUCCAGAGCCGGGGCCGUCGCGAUGA